AUGCCCCGCAAUGGAGCCGCGCCGUCUGGCGGCUUCCGAUCUGUCAAAUCCGCACAUCGAAUCAAGGAGAGCACAUGUUUCGAUCCCUCCACCCGAUUGGCUGCCGAGGGAGGGCAGGAGACCGUUGCAUCAAGGGCUGUUCUUGUCCUGCUUGCUGCACGCGUUGGAAUUCCCCUGCUUCUCUGCCUGCGCAGUGGGUUGAGGAAAUUCGGCAAGCACAUCCAGAAGCGCCAGCUCGAGGUGCCUGAGUACGCCGCGAGCUUCGUCAACUACAAGGCACUCAAAAAGCUCAUCAAGAAGCUCUCGGCCACCCCUAUUCUUCCACCUCAGAAUGAUGCCUCUCAACGCCCUGGGCCUGCCGACUCACAGGCUGCCCUGCAGGCAAACAAGGCAACUUUCUUCUUCCAGCUGGAACGAGAACUCGAAAAGGUCAACGCCUUUUAUUUGCAGAAAGAGGCCGAGCUCAAAGUGCGUCUCAAAACACUCUUGGACAAGAAAAAAGUCUUGCAAUCCCGCCAUAGCAUUUCCCGGCGGUCUGCCAAGUUCACCACCCUCCAAGAGGGCUUCCAGCAGUUCGCCAACGACCUGAACAAACUGCAACACUUUGUCGAAAUCAAUGGCACAGCCUUCUCCAAGAUUCUCAAGAAGUGGGAUAAGACUUCGAAGUCCAAGACAAAGGAGUUGUACUUGUCUCGAGCAGUCGAGGUCCAGCCCUUCUUCAACGCCACCGUUAUCAGUGAGUUGUCGGACCAGGCCACGACGAGCCUUCAGGAAAUCGGCGCUUGGGCCGAUGGAGACAAUGUCACCUUUGAGGGCCGUCCAGAACAUGUUGUCAGCAGCCAACAUUUGCCCGGCACGGAUGAGGGGGAUGCAGACACUCUACUCCUCGACACCGUCCUUUCUGGUAACGUGGAAUCCCUCAAAGACUUGCUGGGCCGCGUGCGGGAUACUGCCGACCCUAGCAACCCGUUGCUGGAGAGGUUUACGAGGACGUUUUUGUCUGCCAUUAAUGGGGCGCCGCGGGAAGCGCUGCAGUUGCUGCUUGAGACCGGCUUGGUGGAUAUACAGUCUGAGGACGACAUCAACGAGCGGAAUUGCCUGCACCAGGCGGCCAUCUACGGAAACUCGUUUGUGCUCGAGUACGGCCUGUCAAAGAAUGUGGCUGUCGACAGGAGCGACGUGUACGGGCGAGUCCCUCUCCACUAUGCUUGCAUGCAUGGCCGGCUCGACAUGAUUGAUACCCUCCUCUCAGUCGCGCCCGAUACGAUCAAUCUGAUUGACCACGACAACUACACACCCCUCAUCCACUGCAUCGUCCACAAGCACCUCGAGAGCGUUGGGAGGCUGCUUGAGCGGUCCGCCCGUCUUGACCCUGUGUCCGAUACCGACCACGUCCCUCUCAAUCUCGCAUGCGAGCAUGGGUCAUUGGCCAUCGCUGAACUCCUGCUCAAGCACGGUGCUGGGCUAUUGGCCGACGCCGAAGGACUCUACCCGCAACACCUUGUGGCCAGGUCAGGGCAGACGCCGGAGCUGCUCCUUCUCCUCAAGAACUAUGGAGCAGACCUGGACCAAAUAGACAAGCUCUACGGGUGGACUCCGCUUGUGCAUGCCGCCAGCGAAGGAAACGUCCCCUGCCUCCAAGCGCUUCUUGACAUCGGCGCGGAUCCUAGCAUUUUGGAUGAAAAGGAACUCCCAGCACUGUACUACGCAGCCUGGGAAGGCCAUCUGGAGUGCAUGAAACUGCUCACGCCGUUCAACCGGGUCAAGAAAUCCGAGCCGCAGGCAUCGGGUCCCCUGGCCCCCAUGAUGGGCAGCAGCGCACCCAUCCCCAUGUCCUUGGAUAUGGACGCAAUUCCUGUGCUCGAGCUUCCGCCUCCCAUCAUUCCCCUACGGCGUUAUGGUCAUAAUUUCUUGGAUACCAAGACAGUCGUGCAGCUCAACUUCGGCCUCAACGGAGAUCAGCCGCUGGUCUUCUUCCACGAUAGCAAGUAUCCCGCGGCGCGGCUUACCAUCUCAUCCAAGGUGUCCGACAUCAUUCCGAAGAACGUCUUGCUUCCCUUCCACGAAGAUACUCGGCUUGUCUCGUUCCAGAUCGACAACUUUGAUUCCUUCACGCUCGACUUUGAUGUCUUCCCGGCCUACGGUGCUAAGGUCAUUGCCAAAACGGUCGCGCUACCCACCACGUUCCGAGCUCUAUUGAAUAGCAACACUGGGAGUUGCUGUCUCCCACUGUUCGAUCCACGGUUGCGCGCCAUCGGACAGGUCACGUUUGAAGCUCAAAUAAUCAAACCGUUCCAGGGCAAACCGCUGGAGAUUACGGAUUUUGAGACCUACUGGAAGGCGACAAGCCAGGUGGACACGGUCUCUAUGACACCGGCCAUGACCAGCAGCACGUUUGUGACAGGGUCUAGCCUCUCGGGCGAUUUUGUUCGCAUAUACGUACAACAUACAAAUGACGGUGUCCCGGUGCUCUGGCCGCAAUGGACUGUCAGCUGCGGCGGCAUUGAUGUGCCCGUGUCGCAGUUGACGCUCGCCCAAUUCCGCACCGCCACGGGCAACGGGCCGCAUUCUCCUCUUCCUGCUGGUGAUAUCACGGCAAUUCACCAGAUCCUGGCGUCCUCGGGAGGCAUCACGCUUCAGGACGCACUCAACCUUCUCCCGAAGGACAUGCACGUUAACAUUCAAGUGCUGUACCCGACGGCCGAGGAGCGGGAACAGUUGUCCCUCAAGGGCUUAGGGCUGAGCGCCGACCUCAACGCGUCCAUCGACAGCCUGCUCGCCGUCGUGUUCGACCACGCCCGCGCCCAGCGCGCGAAGGGGCAGGGCCCGGAGGCGGUGCGGUCGGUUGUGUUCAGCUCGUAUAACGAGAGCGUGUGCACGGCGUUGAACUGGAAGCAGCCCAACUUCCCGGUUUUCUUCUGCAACGACCUGGGGAGGCAGCCGCAGGACGGGCAUGGGGAGACGGAUCACAAGGGGGUCUCGAUCAAGGAUGCGGUCAGGGCGGCGCAGAGUAACAACUUCAUGGGGUUGAUCUGCUGUGAGAGGUUGUUGGAUAUGGUUCCCGCUUUGGUGGACGCAAUCAAGGCGCACGGGUUGGCGCUGGUCGUUGACAAGUCGGGCACAUGUUCCGGGGCGAGCGGGGUCAGCAACCCGUUGGACCCGUUCCCGCGGUUACCGAAGGGAGUAGACGGGGUUCUCAAGGGGAAUGGCGUGUUACGGUUCAACGAGUCGAUAGACGUGUAG